GAGCGUCAUCGGUCAGCCCCAAACUUCCCAAUCCUUUUGUCGUUGACACGAGGAACACCAGAAAAUCCUGCGCAGCGUGCCAUUGCCGGGCCACAGGCAUAUUCCUGCUCAGCCGAAUGGAGCGAUGAGGUCCAUAGCAUCGCCGCUGCGAUCGGCGGUCCAGACGCUUUCUCGGCAGCCCACGAGCUGGACAUGUCGGCAAUGUCUCCUCUCCCGAUCUCGACCCCAACGACAAAUCGUGUCGAGUAUACGGCAAGAGAUCACGCGAUCGAGAGGCGUACGAUUCUCUUCCACCCAAUCUGAAGCUUCACAGGCUGGCAAACGAGCAUGGCGCGACCGAAUACAGGACCGCAUCCAGGACCCAAGGGAGAGGCGUCGAGUAGCCAUCGCUGCAACAAUUAUAUUUUUGACGGGGUGUGCGGCAUUGGCCUUCAGUGAACAAGCACGGCACGUGUACAUCGGAGCGCAAAGAACCGGGAGAGUAGCGGUUUGCCUGUUUCUCAACAUUCAGGACUACCGGAAGAUAUUGAAGCGUGAGGACUGGGACAAUCCAGAGUUUCAAAAGGACAUUGCGGCAUGCCACAAGAGGUGUGCACUGCGGACACUGCGGGCGAUGGAGCAGAAUGGAUCGAUAUUCAUCAAGCUCGGACAGCAUCUCACGUCGCUGAAUUAUUUGCUACCCAGCGAGUGGUGUGAUACCUUCAUACCCCUGCAGGACAAAUGUCCGGUAUCGAGUUACGGCAGCAUUGAAGAGAUGGUAUACCAUGACACGGGCAAGAGACUAGAAGACUACUUCUCAGAGUUUGCGGCCGAGCCCAUAGGAGCAGCGUCACUGGCACAGGUACACAUAGCGCGGCUGAAGGAGAACGGGGAGAAGGUAGCGGUCAAGGUGCAGCACCCCGGACUUGACGAAUGGGCAGCACUGGAUAUGUGGUUGACUACCAACACUUUCCGGACAUUACGAUAUUGGUUCCCAAACUACGACCUGACAUGGCUCAGCGACGAAAUGGAAGUAUCGUUACCGCAAGAGCUAGAUUUCCGACAAGAAGGAAAGAACGCCAAGAAGAUGAAAGAUUACUUCUCAAAGAUCAAAGGGACGCCUUUGAUCAUACCAGAAGUAUACUCUGCAGAACGAAGGAUCCUAGUCAUGGAGUAUAUCACAGGCCAUCGACCCGAUGAUCUCGAAUUCCUCGAUGCCAACGGAAUUAGCCGCGACGAAGUCUCCGCCGCUUUAGCCAACAUCUUCAACGAAAUGAUCUUCGGCAAGAACGCUCCCUUACACUGUGACCCUCACGGUGGUAACAUGGCCAUUCGCCUCAAUCCCAACAAACGCAAACCUCGAAACUUCGAUGUAAUCCUAUAUGACCACGGCCUCUACCGAGAUAUUCCAGACCAUCUCCGCAAAGCCUACGCACACAUGUGGCUCGCCGUGCUCGACACCGACAUCCCUCGGAUGCGAAAAUACGCCUACGAAAUCGCCGGGAUAGGUGAUGAAGACUUCCCCAUCUUCGCCUCGGCCGUCACAGGACGCGACUACGGCGUCGUAGAGCGAGGCGUCGCAGCACAACAUCGCAACGAUGAAGAAAAACGUAGUCUGUCCGAGCAAAUGGGCCAGGACCUGGUUGAGAAAAUCGUGGGACUUCUAGGUCGUGUGCCGAGGGUCAUCCUUCUCAUUUUGAAAACCAAUGACUUGACCCGGAGCCUCGAUGAGAAUCUUCAUACAACGCAAGGACCUAUGCGUUCGUUCAUGAUUCUUGCCCGAUAUGCUGCGCGAUGCGUGUGGGAAGAACAGAAAGAGAGUAUUUCGGGAAGUGUAUUCUGGCCAAAGAAUUUUUUCACUUUAUCAUUCGGACUUCUGGAGUAUACGAAGGUUGUACUGAAGUUGAGAAUUUAUGAGUAUUAUCUUUCCGCGAGGAGGAGGUUAGGCUUGCAGAAUCCGGCGACUCUUCAGGAGAUGCAGCAGCAGCAGUAGAAACUCGAAUGAGGAAAUUACGCGUCCUGUGCUUUUGGCGUGGGCUGAGACUCGUGAAGUCAGCUGAGUUUGCAACAUGUUUCCAUCGCAAGCGAUGAUUUGUGUGUAAGGGAAGGAACUUAAGUGGCGUGUAGGCAUGGAUUGAACUGUACAUAGAGAAAGAAAGAGAGAGAGCGCCAAAUUUCAAGAGCUUUGAGAUCGAUCCCAC